AUUGCUUCGAAUAAGCGAAGGGUUGAUCUGUUCUCACUCUUCUUCUGCUGUCGCCGGCGUUGUAUGGUUCUGUGUACCGUUCUGACUUUAUUUCGUUUAGUUUGCAAAAUAAUAAUGGCAGAAAAUAAGGAACGUACGUUCAUCAUGAUUAAACCCGAUGGUGUCCAGCGUGGACUCGUCGGGAAAAUAAUCCAACGUUUCGAGGAUAAAGGUUUCAAGCUCGUAGCGAUGAAGAUGGUGUGGCCAACAGAGGAUUUGCUGAAACAACAUUAUUCAGAUUUGGCAGCCAGACCAUUUUUCCCAGGCUUGGUUAAAUACAUGAGUUCGGGACCAGUUGUACCUAUGGUAUGGGAAGGUUUGAAUGCAGUAAAAACUGGCCGUGUAAUGUUGGGAGAAACAAAUCCAAAAGAUUCUGCACCUGGAACAAUUCGUGGUGAUUUCUGUCUACAAGUUGGACGCAACAUUAUCCACGGAUCCGAUUCCGUUGACUCUGCCAAGAAGGAAAUUAAAUUAUGGUUCACAGAAGAUAAGAAAGAAGUUGUCGAUUGGGCAUCUUGGGCAGAGAAGUGGAUAUACGAAUAGAUUAUUGGAAGCAAGUUAUUACAAAAUAUUAAAGACCUUUAUCCAUAUUCUUUCGUAUACUGCCAUUCGAAUAAGACAAGGGAGUUACUGUACAUAAAUUUGCUUCAGGAGUAAUAAAACAAGUUCUUAUACAGUU